CGUCCUCUUGGCUAGCUAACUAACUGACUGACUGACUGACUGACUGACUGACUGACGACGUCACUUUGGUUGCGAGUGUCCGGGAGUGAACAAGUGGGUUGGGUCCGGGCCGGAUAUUCGUUGAUAGUCUGGCUGCUCGUGAAUCCCUGUGAGCCCGUAUGCGCUCCGAUCAUGUUGGAUGCGCUGUCUAGUCCGGCCACGGGUUUGGCGGGUGGCGGCUCGUCGUCCGCCACGCAUUGGUUGUUAGCGCUAGUGAUUGGCGUCAAGUGUAUCAAGGUGUUGGGUCUGUACGUGGCCUACGACCUCCUGAAGAGCCUGCAUCUGGUCACGUUCCUAUUCAUCACGUUGGGCAUAUUUGCGGCCUUCCUAGUUUACAAGCAAAAACCAUUCAGUUCCGGUCCACCAUUAUCGAAGGCCACGUGGGUCGUGGUGGCGAAAUAUGCCUUCUUCACUUUGGUGUAUCAAUUAUUCUGGUUUUACGGACUGACUCUCUGUGGACCUCUGAGGAGCAUUCUCGUAUCUGAGCAACCCGCCCUGGCCCUCUCCAUUGGGUUCCUAUCGUUGGUAUGCCAAGGCCAAUCCGGCGUCUCCAGUCCGGCAAAAACGAGAGGAGCCAUUCUGUUUCUUUUGGGGGUGUUAUCCUUGCUUUUGAUUGACCACGACGACAACUCGCCUCAUCAUCAAGCCUACCAUGCCGGGCAUGCCAAUCAGCAUCAAGAGAUCUACACGAUUUUCACGCACAUGUUCUCGUGGACCGACAUCUCCGACCAUAAAGGUGGAGUUCUGGUGUUGAGUGGCCUGCUGAUCCUGCAAUCCAUUAUUGGAUGGUACGGACGUCGUGCAGCGGUUCAAGUUGGAGGCACUAAACGCUUAGGAGCCUUUGCCGCCUUGCUUUCAUUCCUUUUUCUGUCCCCAUGGGCUCUUCUCAAUCUCCUAAAGCAGGGUUCGUGGGGAUUAGAUCUUUCCAGUAACUUGGCUCUGAUCUUCAUCUCUGUCUCUGUGUUGGUGGCAGACUUCUAUAUCGAUUCUGCCCUCUCCGUCAAAGCUGACAAAGAGCGACUAACUCGAUGUGGUAUUUUCGCCUCGUUCGUGUCCUCAAGCCUCCUCAGCGUGUUGUGGACCCAAUCCAUGACCUUUGACGGAGGCCACCACUUAGACCCCAAUGACGGAAUUGUUCACGUGCCUUUGAUGGAAGAUCAUCAAAUCUCGCCGGGAGUGUUUCUUGGAAUUUUCUUCUUCUUCUUGGCUACCUUGAACCUGACCACUUCUGGGAGAGGAGGAACACGGGCAUUCUUUGUUGGAUAUUCCUCUGCGGGAUUGCCUAUGUACAACAUCACCUCCGAAUCCAUUCACGAAGCGGGACAAUCCAUCUUUAGGACAGCCAAGCAAGGAAUGGCCCAAAUCCUGGAAGACGGCAACUCCCGUCGCAUUUUUUUCUUCCUCCUCCUUAAUUUAGCAUUUACGUUUGUGGAGUUUACCUACGGUGUUUGGACCAAUAGUCUGGGCUUGAUAUCAGACGGGUUCCAUAUGCUUUUUGACUGUUCGGCGUUGGUUAUGGGAUUAUACGCUUCUGUUCUUUCGAGAUGGAGGCCUUCAAAAGCUUUCUCGUUUGGGUAUGAGAGACUGGAAGUCCUCUCAGGAUAUGUCAAUGGCUUGUUUCUGGCUGUGAUAGCUCUUAAUGUGUUCACGGAAGGUGUGAGAAGACUGUUCGACCCCCCAACGGUCGGAACCGAGCGACUUCUUGCCGUAUCUAUUGGUGGUUUGUUGGUGAAUAUGGUCGGAAUUGCAGCCUUUACUUUCGGCUCUCACGGCCAUUCCCACGGAGGGGGAUCACAUGGUCACAGUCAUAAUGCCAACAUGCAAGGUGUUUUUCUGCACAUCCUUGCCGACACCCUUGGGAGUGUUGGUGUCAUUGUUUCCUCCUUGCUCAUUGAAUACUACGGAUGGAAUAUUGCCGAUCCAAUUUGCUCGCUCUUCAUCGCCGUGACUAUUUUCGUGUCUGUUAUCCCCCUUUUAAGCCAAUCUAUGAAGGUGCUUUUACUCGUUUCUGAUGAGAAAGUCCGAGAAGCUGUUCGUGGGUGCGUUGAACAUUUGUCUGAAUCGGUUCCCGGAUACAUCCAAGUUCAACACGUGAAUGUAUGGACUCACACCAAUGAAAAAGUCUUUGCUACAAUCACAUUGAUGGCCCAAGAGAAUUGUGAUACCCAAUUAAUCACGAACACGGUUUGCCGCCUCCUCCGUGAGUGUGGGGUCCACUAUCCAGUCGUACAAGUUCAGUCUAAACAAUUCGAGAUCCACUUGCAAGGUCUGGGAACAAAGUUUCCGUUCACCUCCGAGACGUCCGCCAAUCAUCGUUUGGCGGCAGAUCCGAUCUCCGUUGGAAUGAAGGCAAGCUCAUUUAUGGGAAUCUAAAAGCAAAUAGACUCCCACGUUCGAUUGUAGCACUUGAGCCUGGAUGUGUCUGUCGCCUUGCUUCAACGUCAAGAUUUGUUUAGUUCACGGUAAAGCGAAAGAUUGGUUAUUCAUGGUUUCGUUUUGCCUCCCAUUGUGUUUUUCAUACUUUCGUCUGUGAUAACAAUAUAUAUGAAGAAAUAACCCC